AUGGAUCAUCAUCAUAUCAGUACUGAUCAUGAUCAAGUCAAAGGUAAAACCUCAUUGUCUUCAAGUGGUAAUGAUGAUGAUAACAACAAGAAGUUGUAUAGAGGUGUGAGAAAGAGGAAGUGGGGAAAAUGGGUGUCUGAAAUCCGGCUACCGAAUAGCCGUGAAAGAAUAUGGUUAGGAUCAUACGAUUCUCCUCAGAAAGCAGCAAGAGCGUUUGAUGCGGCACUUUACUGUCUUCGUGGUCGUCAUGCAAGUUUCAAUUUCUCUGAUUCACCUUUUCAUUUGGAAAACACUGCAGUUUCUAAUGAUCCGCAACAGAUUCGAGAGAUUGCUGCUAACUUUGGAAAUAAAAAUCCAUCAAUUGUUAUUGAUAAUAAUAAUAAUAAUACUAAUAAUGAUAAUAAUAACACAGGUCCGUCCAAAACUGUGACCGAAAUUAUUGGCUCUUCAUCUUCUACAACUAUGCAUGAUAGUCGGAACUCGAUUGAUUGGACAUUUUUGAACAUGUUAGAAGAACAUGGUUCAAGUAAUGAUGCUACUUUAGUUGGUUCUGAAAAUUAUGAUGAUUUUUUCUAUUCUAACUUAGAAAAGAUGCAUUCGGAUGAGUUAUUGUAUUACACUUCCCCACCGCUUUUUGAGGAUAAUAAUAAUCAGAACCAAUUAGUUGAAGAUGAUGGUAAUGACCCUUUUUGUCAUCAAUCAUUCCUUUGGAGCUGGAACUUCUGAAUCAUGAUUCUCCGGUUUAGCUACUUUUGCUAAAUUAUACUAACUAAUUAAUUUACUGUCUUUCUUGGAUUUUUUGCUACUAUAUAUAGUUGUUUGUUUCUGAAUUAAUAGCAAUAAACUAGCAUUCGAUGGUUGGUGCGGUUGGUCAAUCUAAGACCACUCCCAUG